AUGGGCACGACUUUCGAGCCAGGCUGGCUCAUGCAGCCUCAGGAGCCGCCGUUUGACAUCCACGAGGACGCUCGGACGGAAGAAACAGAGGUCAUGAUCGACGAUGACGCACGGGACGCUACCGAGGAGCCCCGGUCGGAAGACGCCGAGCCCCAAGAAGAGGAAGCGGCGGGAGAGGAGGACGAGGAGGACGAGGAGGACGAGGAGGACGAGGAGGAUGAGGAGGACGAGAGCUCCGACGACGAACACGUCGAGAGCAGCGUCCAGGCAGACAUGGACAAUUUGACGCGAGACUUUCCUGGCUUCCGGGACAAAUACCGUCUCAUCAAGCGCAUCGGCGAAGGCACCUUCUCCACCGUUUUCAAGGCCCAAGACAUCCACUACAGCCGUUACGACAACAGCUGGGACUUUAAAGACGACGCUUCCAAAUGGACCCCCCCUCCGCUGAGGCGCCAGCAGCGAUCGAGCAGUCGCUCCUCACCGCGCCGUCACCACCGCCCUCGGUACGUGGCCAUCAAGAAGAUAUACGUCACCUCGAGCCCUGCUCGCAUCCUCAACGAGCUCGAGCUCCUCCACGACCUGCGUCUCUGCGCCUCCGUCUGCCCGCUCAUCACGGCCUUCCGCCACGCCGACCAGGUCGUCGCCAUCCUACCCUACUUCCGCCACGGCGACUUUCGAUCCUACUUCCGAGACAUGACCAUGCCGGACAUUGGCAUCUACCUACGCUCCCUCUUCACCGCCCUGCAAGGCGUCCACGACCACAAGAUCCUCCACCGCGACAUAAAGCCCACCAACUUCCUCUACGACCCGGCCUCGCAGCACGGCGUCCUCGUCGACUUUGGGCUCGCCGAGCGCGAAGGCUCCGAGUGCAAGCCCUGCCUGUGCCACGAGCCGCGCGAGGUCCGCAAGCAGCGCCAGGCGAACUCGGUCUGGGCCCAGUCGACGGCCCUCGCUCAGCCGGGCUACCCCAAGAACGACACCCGCCCGUCGCGCCGAGCCAACCGCGCCGGCACGAGGGGCUUCCGCGCCCCCGAAGUGCUCUUCAAGUGCACCGAGCAGACGACGGCCAUCGACAUAUGGUCCGUCGGCGUCAUCCUCCUCACCAUCCUCUCCAAGCGCUUCCCCUUCUUCAACUCGGCCGACGACGUCGAGGCCAUGAUCGAGAUUGCCACCAUCUUCGGCUCGAAGCGCAUGAAGGCCGCCGGCCUGCUGCACGGCUGCGUCUUCGAGACCACCAUCCCCACCAUCGGCACCCAGGGCUUCACCAUGGAGAAGAUCAUCCUCUGGAGCACCUGUCGCGGCGAGGACAAGCCCCUCGCGCCCGACGAGAAGCUGGCCGUGCGUUUCCUCGAGCGGUGCAUGGAGCUCGACCCCUCGCGGAGGAUCACGGCCGAGGAGGCUCUGCAGCACGACUUUCUCGCCCUUCCUCGACAGGGGAGCCAAGAGCACGGGCCCGACGACGACGAGGACGAGGUGGACAUGCUGCAGGCGUAG